AUGGCUUUAGCUCUAGGAGCACUCUGGACGUGGAGUCUCUACGACAGAGCUCUUAUAUCCCACUACGCCAAAAAGUAUAAACCCUCACCUUUGCCGGAAAAGGCAACCUAUAGCAAUAAGGACAUAAGCGCUCAAACCUAUUCUCAAAGUAUCAUUGUCCCGACCAUUGACACGGAAUCGACAUUUACCGAGUGCAUGCGCCUCUGGCUUCAGUCCAGGCCCCGUGAGGUUAUCAUCGUGACCGUCGAACGAAACAUAGAAAACAUAAACAAGCUGAUCGAGCCGCUCAAAGACGAUGCACAUAAGAUUUCAAUCCUAUGCUCACCCGUGGCGAACAAGCGUAUCCAACUAGUGGUAGGCGUUGAAGCUGCCAAAGGUGACAUAUUAGCGCUGGUAGAUGACGAUGUCUUCUGGCGAGCUGAUGGUGUCGUACCCUACCUCUUGGCCCCCUUUGAGCAAGACGAGAUUGGCGCUGUGGCAGGUAUACAGAGUGCUGAAAUCCCGCUUGAACGUCGAGACCCCAGCAUCAUCACCCCGUGGGAGGCAACCUCUGCCUUCGACCUCUGCCAAUGGAAAGGCUCCCGGGAAGUACACUACGCGGCAGACGGCGGGUGCUGGUGUUUGUCGGCGCGGACACUUUUCAUCCGCACAAGUAUCCUCCAGGAUCCCAGCUUUGCAAAUUCAUACACGUACGAGGCCAUCGGCCGCAGGGUAGUCAAUACGGCCGAUGAUGUCGUACUCACUGGAUGGGUGUUUGAUCGUGGAUGGAAGGUUUCUAUCCAAAAUGUGCCCGAGGCCGAAGUUACGACCAACAUACCACAGAAUCACAGGUUUGUGUGGCAGAUCCUGCGCUGGGACCGAGGAAACUUUCGCACUUUCUUGGGGUACAUCUUCGUGUACCCCGGCUGUUGGAAGAUGAUGCAGAGGCACCCAUAUACAACCUGGAAGAUGAUUGAACGUCUCCUUAGACCGCUUUGGGCUCUCGCGUAUCUUUGGGCGUGGAUCCAAACACUACUUACCGCUCCCAUCAUUGCGUACGCCUUUCUGGCCUGGAUGGCUUUUGGUUGGGACGGCUAUGUCCCUAGGUAUAAAGCAUUCCUUGUUAAGUACCCGUACUGCGUGCGCCAAGUCUGGGCAUUUCUGCUCAUGGAUCUCAUUGGUCCCCUUGUCGACUUAUAUGUCUAUGUCACGAUGAAUAACGACAAUUGGCUAACAAGGGCGGCGGAUGUCAAAGUGCUGGAAACUUGA